AUGUCUCGUCACGUGCCGCGAGACGCGGAGGCGCGAGAGCCGCUUCUCACCAGCGACUACCUGGAGCCGAACGAGCUGGACUCAGAUGAAGGUGAAACAAUUUUCGACAGGAGCGCAUCAAAUAUCACACGUGAUGUCGGUGGGAGUGCACAGAAAAGGUUAACAUAUGAGGAAGCAGUAGAUAUAGCAGGUUUUGGUUUGUUCCAUUGGCUGCUGUUGGUGGUGUGUGGCUGGGCCAAUGCCAGCGAUGCCGUGGAGAUUCUCUGUGUGUCCUUUCUCCUGCCAACCGCACGCUGCGAUCUGCUGCUGAGCUCUUCAGACAUGGGCGUGCUGACUGCCAGCAUUUUCCUCGGAAUGAUGGUGGGCGGCUACAUGUGGGGAUACCUGGCUGACCAGAGGGGGCGUCGCAGGGUCUUGGUUGUGUCCCUGACGGUUAAUGGGGUGUUUGGAGGUUUGGCCAGCGUGGCUCCGUGGUUCUGGCUCUUCCUGCUGCUGCGGUUCAUCAGCGGCAUCGGUGUCGGUGGGUCGAUCCCUGUUAUCUUCUCUUACUUCUCAGAGUUUAUGCCUUGUCAGAGGAGAGGUGCAAUGAUCAGUGCUCUGGCCACCUUCUGGAUGGCAGGAAACAUCCUGGCUGCAGGACUGGCCUGGUUGGUGAUUCCAAGAACCUGGGCCCAUUUUUCACUGGGCUCACUGGACUUUCAGAGCUGGAGACUGUUUGUGGUGCUCUGCUCUGUCCCCAGCCUCACCUCAGCCGUCCUCUUCAGGCUGCUCAUGCCUGAAAGCCCCAAGUUCCUCAUGGAGGCUGGCCGGGAGAAAGAGGCGAUCCGGGUCUUCCAAGUGAUAUUUGAGCUGAACAUGUGGGGAAAGGGACAGGAUUUCCCGGAAUUUGGUUUGUGCAACGGCUCCAAGCAAAGAGGGGAACUGGACGAGACCAGGACCUCGGGUUCACAUAGAGAGAGACUUGCCUGUAUUUUGAAAAAGGCCCUGGUUCCCAUUAAACAGAUGUUUAAUGAUUCGCUUAAAUCCAGGAGCUUUGCACUGCUCAUCAUCUUCUACUGCAUUUCCUUUGGUUACUACGGACUGUGGAUGUGGUUCCCAGAGCUGUUUGAGAGAAUUGAGGACGGCGGCUCGCCCUGUGCCAACGUGUCCCUGCUGCGGUCUCCACUCCACGACCAAAGCUGCUACCCGGUCAAGACAGCAGUGUACAUGGAGGGCUUCAUCAUUGCUGCAUCAAACUUACCGGGAAACAUCUUCACUAUUCUUAUGAUGGACAGCAUGGGAGGAAAGGCUCUACUGUCCUGCAGCCUGCUGUUGUCCAGUCUGAGCGUCUUCCUCAUCUAUGUGGUCCAGACCAAAGCCCAGAGUCUGAUCCUCUCCUGCGUCUUCAGCGGCGUGUCAGUUAUCGCCUGGAAUGCCCUGGACGUGGUGGGAACGGAGCUCUACCCAACCCAGCUACGGUCCUCUGCUCUCGGUUUCUUCACAGGAGUGGGCCGAGUGGCAGCCAUCAUGGGUAACGUAGCCUUUGGAAAGUUGGUAGACACAAACUGUGCCGUCCCGGUCCUGCUGGUGUCAGCUCUGCUGCUCACCGGAGGACUGGUGGCUCUUCUGCUUCCACAAACCAGGCAGACGGAGCUCACCUGAUGGCUCACAAUCUACAUCACAAUAUUUUAUAUAAUUACAGUAUUGGAAAACAUCCUCUUAAUUUCCUCAUGAAAGCAGACUGGAUGAUCUCUGAUCGUUUAUCUCCUGUUUUUGCUCCCAGAGGAUAUUUGAAUCCUGUGCCUUCUGUCAUCUCUCUGUGCCUUUGUACGGUGCCUCAUUUAAAAUGCCAAAGACAAGAAGAAAUUGUCAAAAGACAGCGGGGACUCCAUUUUCGAAGAAUUAUUAUUGCGGAAAGUAGAAUUCAGAUUGUGAGCUUGUGAUGAUUAAAACUCUUUUCAGGUGUGAGUCAAAGUAUGAAGGACACCUUUCAAAAGUUUGUCUUUAAACUCUACAAACAUCUUACUUUGUAUGUUGAUCAUGAUUUCUAGAGUAUAAUAAGUGAUGCUGCUGGUUACUCAAACGUUUUGCUGUUAGAUAAAGAUAUUUCUAGAAAAGAAACACUGCACAUUCCACAUAUUGUGAACAUCUAUGCAUACAGUAGAUUGUAUCAUUUUGUACCCAAUCUGUCAUUAUUCCUGCACAAACCAAAGAUUGCUAAUUUCAAUUUACAAUCAUUUAAAAAAGGACUAAGUACAGGUGAACAAAUCCUUAUACUGUAUGAGCUUGAGUUGCGAUAUUGUUGAUGGGCUCAUAUUCCCAUUGGUUGUUCUGUAAAGCUGUCUGUACUUUGUGGCUACUAAAGCAGUUUGUUUAAACAAACACUACAUCUCUUCAUGUCA